AUGGAGGGACAAGACGCAGCGGUAUGCGCGACCCCGGUCAACGAUCUGGCGCCACGGGAGGCAGCCUCGUUCGACGAGGAGACGCGGGCCCUCAUCGCCCCGGACGCCGGGAGCCUCCCUGCGACUCCGCCCUCCGCCGUCGAGGCCAACUUCGCGCGCUACUUUGUCGCCGAUUAUCUCAACCCAGGACACGAUCAGUACGUUUACCGCCAUCCAAACGGGUUGUGUGUGGUUGGUUUAGCUCCAGCCCAUGCUGCACUGAAAGAGGAAGGGGGAAUAACCGCUGUUGACUUCAAUGUUGGGAAGACAGAUCGUAGUGAGAUAAAAGUCACUGGGAAACGAAAAAGGAAUGCACAACAUUUGCAAGAAAAUUCAGUGUUAUGUAAAGUCGCCGCAACUGAUAAAUCUUUUGUGGUGAGGUGUUGCGUGAAAGGUUCACUUUUGGAGGUCAAUGACAGAUUGAUCAAACAACCCAAUCUGCUUAAUACCUCUGCUGACAGAGAAGGAUACAUAGCAAUUUUCAUGCCGAAACCAGCUGACUGGCUCAAAAUUAAGGAUAAAUUUCUUAGUUUCGAGGACUACAAGAACUUGAGAGGAAUCUCCUGACACCAAAAGAGCAUGACUGCCAAUUGUGUAUUGUUUUCUCAAUAUGGAGCUGGUGCUCAGAUCUCAAGACCAUUGGCCUGAUCUCGUGAUGCCAUUUAUUUUCUUCGGAAUUUGAGAGCCAAAUCCAGAUAAAUGAAUCUUUACCAGCGAUGAUAUUCAAGUGCAGUUGAAGCCUCAUAUAGUUACCAGGGAGGGAGUCUGUGGGCUUUUUCUAGACUAUUUUGAUAGUACCUUAAUUAGUUACUGAUACUCACAAACACUUCAUAUUCUGUCCAAGUGCAAAGCUAGCUUUGAAUUCGCAAUCAUUUGAAACUCAUAAAAGCUUAUGCAUUUGACUCCUUACUGUACAACUUUAUCGCCUCCCCACAGGCAAUGCUUGUGAAAUGGAUGUUAGUGUUUUUUUUGAGAGAGAAAUGAAUAUUAGUUUGAUACAAAUAUUGAAAAGAGGUUCAUUAA